AUGGACGAUACUCGAGAUAAAUUUCCACUUCAUUCGGCGGCGCGUGAGAGCAGAGCUGGGCAGUUUCAAUUGCAGAGACACUUCUCAGGGUACUUUAACUCUUUGACGCAUUCACGAAGAUGUCGGAAUAGCGAGGCUGAUAACGUCCAGACGGACCCAAAGCUUGCUUUUCGUGAGGACGAUGACGGUAGGCUGCCACUACACUGGGCCAUUUCUUCCAACUGCACCGAAAUCGUCAUCCUCCUCGCGCAGCAACGUGGCUUCAACCCGGACAUUCAGGAUGGCAGUGGCUGGACGCCAUUGAUGAUUGCUGCCAGCAUCAAGGAUGGCGAGGGCCUGGUUCACUUGCUGUUGCAGAAGGGCGCUGACGCGAACCUGAAAAACCAUAACGGGCAGAGCGUCCUUCACUUUGUCGCCUCCAAAAACAACCUGGAUGUUGCUAAGAUGCUCCUCAAUCAUGAUCCCCCGGCGUCCACUAGAGUUCGUGACAAGCGUGGCCAAUAUCCUAUUCACCGGGCCGCGGCCGUGGGCUCAAUCCCUAUGAUGAAGCUGCUCGUCAACAACAAAAGCCCUCUCGAUGCCACCGACACUUCGGGGUACACCGCUUUGCACCAUGCCGUCGCCGAAGGACACGGCGACGCAGCUGUAGCAUUACUGAAGGCUGGUGCAGACUAUGGUAAAAAGGACCAAGAUGGCUGUCUGGCCCUUGACUUGGCGCCAGAUAAAGAGGUUCGCCGUUACAUCGAACGUGCCGCCGAAGGGGAAGGCAUAGACCUCUGA